CUCAUAUUAUGAUUGUAAUAUUGCUUAUGCUUAAUUAUUCAAUAAAAUAAAUAACGGUCAAGUUUUCGCAUGCAGAUAAUCGUUAAAAAACUUAUAAACACAAUUAAUCACUGAUUAAAGGAACGAUUUUCAUUAUUUGGUUACGUAGGAACUCAGACGUAGUUGUGAUAAUUGGCGCAACACGUGUGAUCUAUUUCGUGUGCCGCCAAAGACAAGGAUCAAAAGAGUCUUUGUCGCCUAGGAGACAGCCAAUUUCUUUAGAAAACGCGGAGACCUUUGAUAGAACUGCCUGCGACACUGGCCGGCUUGACCAGGUCGUCUCCGCUCAUCAGUGCAUGACCAUUCAAACUAUCAAGUGCAAACGCAUCUACCUCACGAGCAAGAGCUCUCCACACGACUACACAAGAUUCUGCGAGCGACAACUGGACUUCUUCCUUUCUCAUAAGCUAAACAAAACAUACAACAUAUACAUUCACUGCGGAGAAUCUAGUAAGGAUAUUAAAAUGGACCAGUGGAAAGGCGGAAACGCGAUUGUCACGGGCGCGGGUUCGGGCAUAGGAGCUGCUACGACAGUGGAGUUGCUCCGACACGGUGUUAAUGUGGUUGGAUUGGACGUCCAAUCAGCAAAGCUCGAGAAACUUGCAAAUUUGUUAGAAGACGACGCGACAACUGGUAUGUUGACUCCAGAAAGAAGUCGGCGAGGGAUUUUUUAUCCUAAGACCUGCGACAUUACUGACGAACGAGCAGUACAGGAUGUGUUUGGUUGGGUGGACACUGAACUCGGUGGCGUCAGUGUGUUGGUCAACAACGCUGGUAUUAUAUUGCGGAGCAGUCUUUUGGACGGUACAUUGAAAGACUGGAAGUUAUUCAUGAAUAUUAAUGUAAUAGCACAAUGCGUAUGUUCAAGAGAAGCGUAUCAAUCGAUGUCUAAGAACGACAUAAAUGGGCAUAUUAUUCAAAUAAACAGUAUUGGCGGUCAUUCUAUAACACCGUAUUACGCACAUAAAAUGUACAACGCUUCUAAGACGGCGAUUACGGUGCUGUGUGAAGGUCUUCGACACGAACUAAGUCUCGUCAAUUCAAAGAUAAAAGUAUCGAGUAUUAGUCCGGGAAGCGUGGAUACGGAAAUUUUCAACACCGCUAAAUUCAGACCUUCUUCUCAGGUCGUAAGUUCAAGACCAGCUUUGAAACCUGAAGAUGUAGCAGCCAUGGUGAUCACUACGUUGAAGACGCCUUCUCGUGUUGAAAUAGCAGAACUUACAGUUAUUCCCACUGGAUCAACCAUACAAUCUCACGGAAUGCCUCGUCCAGUAAAUUUAUCUGAUAAAUAAUCACAGUUUUAUAAUUAACUUUAUAGUCUAUUUAGAUUAACCUAGUAUAUACUAGAUUCCACUCAAAAUCAAUGUAUAUCGAUAUUUACUCGAAAUGUGUAUACUGAAUAAUAAAUAUGUUUAUAUAAUAUAUUGUUCGUAAUAUUGUAUGUAUGUAAUAUC